GGAAGUGGCGCGCGCGCCUGCUCAGUGCGCGCACGACCCGGCCUACGCCGCUCCCUCGGAGACGCCGUACUGCUUCCCCGUCGGGUUGGUGAGGCAUGGAGCCGGUGGGCGGUGGCGGUGGCGGUGAUCGCCGCGGCUCCACCCCCGCAGACCCGCGAAGCACCUUCGUGUUGAGUAACCUAGCGGAGGUGGUGGAGCGUGUCCUCACCUUCCUGCCCGCCAAGGCGUUGCUGCGGGUGGCCGGCGUGUGUCGCUUAUGGAGGGAGUGCGUGCGCAGAGUGUUGCGGACCCAUCGGAGUGUGACCUGGAUCUCCGCGGGCUCGGCGGAUGUCGGCCACCUGGAGGAGCAUUGCUUGGUCCGCGUGGUAGCUGAAAAGCUUGAGAAUGUCCAUAUCUUACCACGGACAGUUCUUUACAUGGCUGAUUCAGAAACUUUCAUUAGUCUGGAGGAGUGUCGUGGCCAUAAGAGAGCCAGGAAAAGAACUACUAUGGAAGCAGCAUUUGCCCUUGAGAAGCUAUUCCCAAAACAAUGCCAAGUCCUUGGGAUUGUGACCCCAGGGAUUGUAGUGACGCCAAUGGGAUCAAGUAGCAAUCGACCUCAGGAAAUAGAAAUUGGAGAAUCUGGUUUUGCUCUAUUAUUUCCUCAAAUUGAAGGAAUAAAAAUAAAACCCUUUCAUUUUAUUAAGGAUCCAAAGAAAUUAACACUAGAAAGGCAUCAACUCACUGAAGUAGGUCUUUUAGAUAACCCUGAGCUUCGUGUGGUCCUUGUAUUUGGCUAUAAUUGCUGUAAAGUGGGAGCCAGUAAUUAUCUGCAGCGUGUAGUCAGCACUUUCAGUGAUAUGAAUGUCAUCUUGGCUGGAGGCCAGGUGGACAACCUGGCAUCACUGACCUCUGAAAAGAACCCUCUGGAUAUUGAUGCCACUGGUGUGGUUGGACUAUCAUUUAGUGGACACCGUAUCCAGAGUGCCACAGUGCUUCUCAAUGAGGAUGUCAAUGACGAGAAGACUGCUGAGGCUGCGAUGCAGCGCCUCAAAGCAGCCAACAUUCCAGAGCAGAAUACCAUUGGCUUCAUGUUUGCGUGUGUUGGCAGGGGCUUUCAGUAUUAUAGAGCCAAGGGGAAUGUGGAGGCUGAUGCAUUUAGAAAGUUUUUUCCUAGUGUUCCUUUAUUUGGCUUCUUUGGAAAUGGAGAAAUUGGAUGUGAUCGCAUAGUCACUGGAAACUUUAUAUUGAAGAAAUGUAAUGAGGUAAAGGAUGAUGAUCUAUUUCACAGCUAUACAACAAUAAUGGCACUAAUUCAUCUUGGGUCAUCUAAAUAAAGCCACCUGUAAAGUGGUUUUCACAAUGUAUAACUUUCAGGCUCUGCCUUUUCCAGAAAAUGGAAACUUGGGAUAUGUAUAUUACAAAAAAAAAAAAAAAAAAAAAAAAAAGCCUUUAUAUGUAUCUGUUUUGUAGCUUUGACACUCUAAAGAUUAUUUGGUAGUUUUUAAUAUAUUAGAUGAAGGACAAGUUUGUAUAUAAUGUAAUGCAAGACCGGGAGUUGAGAGCUUUUGCAUCAGGCACAAGUGAACCAAUUAUGGCUAUACUGCACCAGAUUGUGUAGCUGCUGUGUGAUAGGACUUUAAAUAGUCUUCUGCAUAGGAAGACUGAAAAAGGAUUCAUCAACAGAAAGGAGAUUUAAGACAUUCCAUGACUACCUCUGCAAUGUUAGAUGAUCGUUCAGCAGAAUCAUGAAGAUACUUUUCUUCCUUAAUAAAGGAGAAAAAUA